AUGUACAGGCUAAUUUUUAUCGCGUUUCUUGCCAGUGUAAGGGCACAGUUGGAGUUGGAAGGAGCUUGUUCUUUAGCCACAGUAAAUGCAGUGGAAAAUUUUAAUGCAACCCAGUUCAGCGGGCAGUGGUUCCAAAUAGCCAGAAUUGCUAAUGAAGAAAAUGGGGUCUGCGUGACGUCCACCUUUUCUCCAGUAGUGGAAAAUAAUCUCCUCGUCAGUGCAACGUAUAACUCGAGGCAGGUGUUCAACAAAACGGAGACCUGGCGAAACGCAACAGUCACCCCUGGAACGGGAAAAGUUCUAGUCUUCACUUAUCCAGACCAAGCAUUAGACACGUUAGUAUUAGACACUGACUACGACGGAUUCGCCCUUCUAUACAGCUGUUGGGCAAAUGCCACACAUAAAAAAGUUUGGGCCUGGCAGCUGGGAAGAGCGAACGCUUUCUCUGCACAACAAACUACAAACGUGAACAAAGCGAUUGAACAGAACGCAGACAUCAAAGCCGCGCAGUGGUUUAGAGUUGGACACAGCAAACAAGAUUGCCAGACGUCUGGGGCGUCGGUUCUAUUAUCGCCAUUAAUAUUUUCGCUCGCAGCGUACAAUCUACUCUCUAAAUUACUGUAA